GUCACAAACACGUAAAGUUGGGCUUGGAGAAUUUGCGAUAAUGGCGACGACGGCUCGGCGCUGCAAAGGGGCACAGUCAAGCUAGCCUCGACUCGGACAUGACUCAUGUUUACUCCCUUCGGGUUUAUUUUCUGCUCAUCAACUGCACGGGUUUCGGAUAAUUUUGUGGCAUUGAAACGUCUCCUCACUCGUUUCACUGAUUUCCAUGUCUUAGUUGUGAACUUUAGAAAAAGAUCAUCUGGGCUACUCAUUAAGUGACUGUGGCUGCUCCAGGCCAGGCUUCCUACCAGUUGGGUGACCUGCACUCCUUCACAGAGGCCAUGGAGGAGGAGGGGCAGAAGACAUCAGAGUGUAUCCAGGCCAAUCAAAUUUUCCCAAAGAAAUCUCCUGUCUUGGAGGAAGAAAACAUGCAGGUGCCCUUUCCUGAGCUGCACGGGGAGUUUACAGAGUAUGUGGGGAGGGCAGAGGAUGCCAUCAUUGCAAUAUCCAACUACCGCCUACACAUCAAGUUCAAGCAGUCUGUUGUCAAUAGUUGUUGUUGUGAGGUGUCAGUGCCCCUGCAGCUCAUUGAAAGUGUGGAGUGUCGUGAUAUGUUCCAGCUGCAUGUCACCUGCAAGGACUGUAAAGUUGUUCGGUGUCAAUUCUCCACAUUCGAGCAAUGUCAGGAAUGGCUAAAGCGUCUCAGUGCAGUGGUGCGCCCCCCUUCUCGCUUGGAAGAUCUCUUCUCCUUCGCCUUUCAUGCCUGGUGCAUGGAUGUGUACGCUGGCGAGAAGGAGCAGCACGGAGAGCUUUGCAGACCAGGUGAACAUGUGACCUCCUGGUUCAAGAAUGAGGUGGAGAGGAUGGGCUUUGACACCCAAAAUGCCUGGAGAAUAUCUGACAUCAACUGCAAGUUUAGGCUUUGCCCCAGCUAUCCCCAGCAGCUUCUUGUACCAGCCUGGAUCACUGACAAGGAGCUGGACAAUGUGGCAGCAUUCCGCUCCUGGAAAAGGUUUCCUGCCGUGGUAUAUCGGCACCUGACCACAGGGGCUGUGAUCGCCCGUUGCGGUCAGCCAGAGGUCAGCUGGUGGGGCUGGCGGAAUGCUGACGACGAGCACUUAGUUCAGUCCAUUGGGAAGGCCUGUGCCGUGGAUAGCAAUUCUCACAAGCUCCUGUCCAAUGGAACCUCCAUCAAUGGGUCUGAACUGCCUGACACUGAUUUUGAGUCUUCAAUGACCAACAGCUCAGAGGUGGAAAAACUGGCCAUCCAGCCACACAAGUUACUGAUUCUAGAUGCCAGGUCCUACGCUGCAGCUGUAGCCAACAGGGCAAAGGGGGGAGGCUGCGAAUGUCCUGAAUACUAUCCCAACUGUGAGGUGGUGUUCAUGGGCAUGGCCAACAUUCACUCCAUACGCAAGAGUUUCCAGUCCCUACGUUUCCUCUGCACUCAGAUGCCGGAUCCAGCAAACUGGCUAUCUGCGCUGGAGAGCACCAAGUGGUUGCAGCACCUGUCCCUGCUGCUGAAGGCGGCCCUGUUGGUGGUCAAUGCAGUGGAUCGAGACCAAAGGCCUGUUUUGGUGCAUUGCUCUGACGGCUGGGACCGGACACCUCAAAUUGUUGCACUGUCCAAGCUGCUUCUUGACCCAUAUUACCGCACCAUAGAGGGCUUCCAAGUUUUGGUUGAGAUGGACUGGUUGGACUUUGGCCACAAGUUUGCUGACCGAUGUGGCCACGGAGAAAACUCUGAGGAUGUGAAUGAACGCUGUCCCGUCUUCCUGCAAUGGCUGGACUGUGUUCACCAGCUGCAGAGGCAAUUUCCCUGCUCCUUUGAGUUUAACGAGGCCUUCCUGGUGAAACUGGUGCAACACGCAUACUCCUGCCUCUUCGGCACCUUCCUGUGUAACAGCGGCAAAGAGAGGGAAGACCGGCAUGUUCAAGAGAGGACCUGUUCGGUGUGGUCCCUGCUGAGACCAGCCAACCGCACACUGCGGAACAUGCUGUACUCCUCACACUCCGAGACUGUUCUCCACCCAGUGUGUCAUGUGCGCAAUCUGAUGCUCUGGACAGCAGUCUACCUGCCCAGCUCCUCCCCCACCACCCCUUCUGACGAUUCCUGUGCGCCAUAUCCUUUACCUGGCAGCAACCCCGAGGAGGCCCCUCUGGGCAGAUGUACGAAGACACGCUCCUUCGAUAAUUUGCCCAGUGCUUGUGAGCUGGGAAGCUCACUGGCUCCUAACCGCCGCUCCAGCGACCCAAACCUCAAUGAGAAGUGGCAGGACCACCGGCGCUCUCUGGAUCUCAAUAUGGCAGUCGGGCCAGAUGAAGACGGGGACCAGAAUCAUGAGGCACAGUGUAAUGGAUUGGGCCUUCACACGAACAGAGUGGACGCUAAGAUGGAUGCCAGCCCGCAUCCACGGGACUCACCCUCUGAGUUGGCAGAGGUAGCCUUCAUGCACGCUGCGACCACAAGAGAGGAAACCAAGGAGGCCGAAUUGUCUGUGGCAGUGGGUGUGGCCGAAGGCCAGAUGGAAAACAUUCUUCAAGAAGCUACCAAGGAGGACAUGGGAGCAGAUGCUCAAAGAGUUGGAAGUGCUGCUGACACCCACGUCAUUAACGCAGCCUUCGGGGAGGAGGUGACAGGCUCAAGCACUAAUGAUGAUGAUGAUGAUGUUACUGAUGGCAACGGUGAUCAGUCUGUCAAGAAGAACGACACAGGAGAAGUGCUUGCUAACGGACACCAUUUAGAAAAUGGUUAUGCAGAGGCUGAAGAGAAUAGUGAGUCGUCUGCUCUACCUGCACAGACGUCAAUUGAGCAGGAACACCUGAGAGAUGACGAAGCCCAAAUACCCGAAGAUGUGACGAAGCAGGUUGUGGAGAAAUGUUCUGAGCAGCUGGAGCAUGCUCAUAAAUACUUUGAAUCAAGUUCAGGCGAGCCGGAGCUACCUGCAACUCAAAGAACUCUGAUGAACGGCUUUGCUCACCGGUCACCUGAGGAAACUGAUGCGGAUGAGGAGACCUGCUCUGCUUGUGACCCUGACAGAGGUUUGUCUGAGUCAGGGGAACAGGCAGAGAAGAGGGCCUCCCUGAUGGAAAGCUCCACAGAGACAUUAACAGAGGAGGUCUGCAGCAGGUUUGAACAGCCUCCUCCUCUCUGUCAGAGCUAUCAGGUCUGCAGCAAUGGCAAGGGCCCACCGCAUUCCUCCAAGGACAAAGUGCUGGAGACUGUUGAACAGAGCUUUACCAGAAUUUUCAACGAGGGCAGCAAGCGAUCCUCUGUCAGUGCCUUUCAGUGUGCGAGUGCUGACCUCACCCGCGACGGACUUUGCAACGGUGACAGUGCCGACGGGGAACUUAUCGGAGGACCUCGCUCGGUCAAAGCGAAUGGCGAGCGGGCCCCGCUGAGCCGCCAGGUGUCCCUGGCAAGCUGCAACUCCCUAAAUCUCCAUCACCGAGGCAGCUGCUCACAACAACGUUGGUGCCACGCGCAACUGGGCCGGCCUACUGCCAGCCCAGAGCAGCCGUCUCGCAGCCACCUGGACGACGACGGGCUGAUGCUGCACACAGAUGCCAUCCAGCAAAGGCUGAGGCAGAUUGAAGCUGGCCACCAGAUGGAAGUGGAGACCCUGAAGAAGCAGGUACAGGAGUUGUGGAGUCGCCUGGAAAAUCAGCAGCACGCCGGCUUGCAUCGGGUCAAUGGAAACGGGGGAGUUGAAAUGACCUUGAUGACAGGCUCUGAAUACAACGUGGACCCCAACUGCCUGUCACACUGCAGCACAGAGCUGUUCUCCGAAGCCAGCUGGGAGCAGGUGGACAAGCAGGACACUGAGGUUACCCGCUGGUACCCUGAUCAUUUGGCUGCCCAGUGUUACGGCUGUGAGAGCAGGUUCUGGCUCGCUACCAGGAAGCAUCACUGCAGAGAAUCCAGCGCUGACCUUUGGUGUGUCCCCACAGGAACUGUGGUAAUGUGUUCUGCGCCAGCUGCUGCGACCAGAAGAUCCCGGUGCCGAGCCAGCAGUUGUUUGAACCCAGCCGGGUGUGCAGGAGCUGUUACGGCAACCUCCGGCUCGGCCCGGCGCCCCUGGACAAACCUAUCGCAGCCAGCUCCAACUGAGCCUCAGAGAGGAGGCGGACAUUGACAAAAAGGAGGGCACCACCACCACAACAGAAUCUCCACAGAAUGUCCUGUAGACUGUGUGUGUGUGUGUCUAUGUGUGUGUGAAUGUGUAUGUGCUGCACAAGUGGACCGGAACGUGUCCAUGCGAUGGCGCAUUUGCUCGGCGCGCUUAGCUUUGCAAAAAAGAUGCGUGUUGGAGUAAGUUCCUGGUCGGCCACACGGUGGCGCUGGCGAGAUGGCCGUGCACUGAGGAGCGAGAAUGGACUUCCUGGUGCUUGGGACCAGGAGGAAGCCCGACUUGCUGCAUGUUCUCUAGUCAAGGGGCUUCAAUCCACUUCAAUCGUGCCCCCUGCCCAUGCCGCUGAUGCACACUUCCCUACUUUUCUGGGCCCAGCUUGGACUGUUUGUGUUUGGUUACUGCUGUGUGCCCAGAGGGAAAGAUGUGAUGUGAAAUAUUCAAGAAUCCUCAAACUGACCUUUGAAAAGAAUUUCAAUGGGAGAUUAUCAUCCACAUGGCUAAAUUGGCCCUUUUAUUGGCAGCAGACUCAAUUGACAAAAGUACGGCUGAAGUGGCUUUCCCCCUCUCAAAUAAGCACUUAUGGAUGAAGAUGAGGUGUGAUCUUUUUGCACUUGUCACUCCCAUUGCUGCCCUCCCCUAAAAUACCUGUUACGGCAUUUGCCUUUGUUACCUUUGAAUGGACAAGUUGGAGAUGCCGUUUUGAUUUUCCUUCUAUUUUUGACCGAGCUCACAGAAUGGUCCUUGCUGCCUGUCAGUCAUUCAAUGACCUCCUCUUGCACACAGUCAUUGUUUUGUAAAAUCGAAAAAUACAAUAAUAUAUUCAGAUACAACUAUAGCAUUUAAGUACAAAAUGUAUCGAAGCGAGACUAGUUUCUCGGUAAAUUAGUCACCAAAAUCUUUUUUUUGGGGGGAAUUGCAGUAAUGUACCUAUAUUUUUCAACACGUUAAAACAGUUUUUUUUUUUUUUUUUAAUAUGAAUUAUAGAAGCGCAGAGUGUCUUUUUUUGGACACUUUUUUUUUUUUUUCUCCUUUCUCCUUUUUUAAAUGAGAUAUGAUUUAUUUAAUUUAAAAAGUUUUUUUUGGAGUCUGACAAUUCAGCUGCCACGUGAUAAUCAGUGUUUUGGACACGCUUGUGGCAGUGGAGUGACGAGUCUAUGCACGCACACACACAAACAGAACAGAGGUCCAAAAGCAGCCCCUCCCCCCAACGAUGCACACACUCCAUUCACCUACAAACUCUACCUCUUACCAGACACUCAUUACGCACACUUUGUAGUAAUUUUGGCUUUCAGGGUUCCCUUUGUCAACUGCACCUUGUUCUUCAAUGAAGACCAUCGUUGGUUGUUGCUUUUGAUUAUAUUGACUCAGUCAUAUUCUUUUAGCAGGCCAGUUAGGGCGAACAAGACAAAGGACUAUCACUAAAAACACAAAUCUGAUCAUGGCUGUAACAUCACCUUCCUAUUCACAAUUGUCCACUGCAAUAGAGGUAGAUCCUUACGAAUUAAAUCGGGGUUGACCAGCGUAACUCAUCCGUCAUUUAAGUUCUGCUGUUGGACACAGCUCAUUAUUCAAACUGAGUAAUACCAACAUCCUAUGACACACACGCACAGCGCACAUCUCAUCAAGUAUCAACACAAAUGAUGAGAGGAGACACUGGUUUGCCUGACAGCCGCAAGACCGUGCCACACACACGUGAUCAAAACAAAGAUGGAAAACUGUUGUCUCUACUCAAGUCUGACAGGGUGGCAUCUUUUCGUUUCGUUUUUUCCACAUGUGAGAGCGUGUUUGUGAGAAUGAGAAUGGAUUAGGCAUUGGGGGCUGUGUGUGUGUGCGCGUGUGUGCAUAUUUUUCCCGCGAGAGAUGGGUGCCAAGCUGUUUUAUUUCAGAUCUCACAAGAUCACAUGUGCUUUUGUCGUCCCCCCCCAUCUGUUUCCUUCCUGUUGGAAAAGCACUUUGAAACUGCUUGUCAGUCGAGUUUGUAGCUGUACAUAGAGCUAUUUCCUGUAAUUACAAGUGCUCCUUGUUCAUUGGAGUUUCUUUUUUUUUUUUUUUUUUUUAUUUUAAGGGCGUUUUGUUGUUGUAGAAUUUAAGGAGAAAUAAACUAGACAAACCA